AUGACCAUUACGGACUUCACCGUGCGCAAAAAGAGCUACCGCUAUCUCACCACCCAGGCAAGCUACCCAAACCAUGAUUCCAAGGCGGUCCUUGAUGCCUUUGAUCCCACCAAGGACCUUCAGUUGCAAGAUCUAAACAGCCUUGUCGAAAAGGGUGUACAAGGAGGCGCCCCCGCCUGGUACACGGGAUGGCCCAAGGAACAGGUGAACAACUUUAAUUUUUGGCAUUGUCCAAUGAUUAGGUACACAACGGUUGGCGAAAAGAAAGAGCAGCAUUUCGAUAAGUUGUACGUGCUGGACCAUGACGUUAUGGAGAACGGGAGCGACCCACUGGCAUUCUCUUGGCCGGCAAAGGCCUUCUCAAAAACCGAUCCGGUUAAGGUUCCGAGGUUGGAGGCGUGGUUGAUAAACGAGGAGCUCGAGCAGGAUCACUCCAAGUUGUUUGUGAUGGAGGAUAUCACUGACAAAGAUCCUGAGACGGCUUACAACCUACUGGUUACACGCAAGCAAAUGCCCAUUCCCAAGGAGUUCUUGGAUAUUGCUUGGGACGGAUUGUUGGCACGCAAAGUCUUGCAAUUGGUGAUUGACAGAAUCAAGAUUCUCGCCAACAGCAAGGAGCCUGAAAAAAUUUUGGAAGUGCAUGAGAAGUUCCGGCACUUCGUGGACCAUUGGCGCGUGGCAAACACGGUCAUCGGGAGAGAUCAGCUUUCAAAGAAGAACGUCAGAGAACCUGCUGUUCUCACUGCGGCAUCUGCCCAACGUUGGGUUUCCGGAGUAAUCAAUUCGGAUUUUGCCGGAUUGGACUCAGAGGACUCAAUUGGAGAUUCCCCCGACAAGACCUACGAACUGCUCACCAAGACCUUGGCAGCCGUUGAGGAGAGUAAUAAGACGACCAAGACCUCCGUGGAAUCGCUUUCGGAGGUAGUGGUAGCGGGCAUCCAUGGACAAGCAUCAGACAAGGCGCCCCCAAAUACAGUGGAAAAGAAGUGGCCCACAAGACUCAUCUAUCUGAAGCGAGUUGCUGGUACUACGACCUCAGCUCAGCUUCCCACCCUCUGGCACGAGCUAGCAAAGUGUAAGAAGCACAAAUCAAUUGGAAUUGUGCAGUCCCUGCUGGACGAUGAGGCCGAGAAACUGAACCUCAAUUUGGAAUUCAUCGUUUCAGCCCGAGUAAUUAAGAGCCUGGUGGAAUUGGAAUUUUGUUUGCACGGCAACGUUGAAAAGGGUUUGAACGUGUUUAAUAGUGUCUGUUUCCAGCACUACAAAAAUGCAACUGCGAUCAACGAUUACAACAAGAGCGACUAUUGGUUGACGGGCGAAAAGACAACCGCUUCAAUGGAGGAUCAUCAAGCCCACGACAAGAUCAAGCAUGCUAUCUUCCCAAAGGAUCCCAUGCAGUUCCGUGAGAUGGUCAAUGGUAUGCGGGUAUUCUACCGUGUAGUGCUUGGGAAAACUCAUCCACUGACAGCCGUGUACAAAAAGUUUGCAAAGAAUGUGGAUUCGAUCGCACAAAAAAUGGGAGUGUCCCAGCAGGAGCAAGCACUCGAGCGAUUUCUCUUCGGAAUCUAUUCCCAAAUUGAUCGUUACUUUGAGCGUUUGGUGAGAUCCGGCACGAACGCAGAAGAAAACCUAUCCGACUUGGGCACCUACAUGGAGACAUGCUACCAUGGAGGAAGCCUACCAGAGUCAAACUUGUUUGUCGUCGCAAAGGACUCUGGCGGACCUGGUGGAACAGGAGACAAGACUGAGAGUCAGCUGAAGAGAGAGAAGGAAAGGGUCCAGAAGAAGUGCCUGGGCGAAUCAGUAAAAAAUCCUGACAUGAACAAAGAACAUCGCUACACCGGAAGAACUACUACUGAGUUAAUCAAACGGACAGGCGAACAGCCUCCAAAGCACGCCAACGGAAAGGAACUGUGCCUCAUUUGGCACACAAAGGGCGAAUGCAAGGAGAACUGUGAACGUAAGCAUUCCCAUUGUAAGCUGACUGACGAGGAAGCAACCGCAAUGAAGGAUUAUGUAAAUAAGAAUAAGCGAGAUGGAGGCCGGGAAUCAUCGAAUUCUUGCAGGUCAUCUCAAUCAGACCCACUUUCGUUACGAUCUACUUUAGCACCCUGCCGCACCAAUGCUACACCGAGCAAUAAAAAAUGGGGCUCCUGUGGUGGUUCAUUCGGAGCCAUGGCGCCAGAGCCAACUUGA